UGGUAAAAAGGGUCACGGAGGCCAUCCAUGCCGUGGGGAUUCGCUACGACUCUACGAGCUUCUGCUUCACAAAAGGGGCAAAAACAGAAAGAGAAAAAAAAGUGGCUUUUAGAGGCUUCUGCCUCUCCACCAAUCGCCCCUUCUUCGUAGACUCAUGGACUGCACUUGCAGCAAUUUCAGGAGCUCCACUGCUCCUCUUUCGUGGGCACCCUCUUCCUCUUCUCGGCUCCCGCAGUCCCUAUUCAUGAAAUUGAAGCGUUUGAACUUGAUUAAACAUUCUGGGGUGGUGAUGAGCGUUUCUGGGUCCGGCGAAAAUGGCUCCCUCGAUAGGUUUCCCCUUACACCCAACAAGCUUUUCAUGCAGGAGGCGAUUGGAGCUGAAUAUGGAGAAGGAUUCGAGACUUUUAGACCGGAUGGUCCGAUGAAAGUUGAUGUGGAUUUUUUGAACGAUAGACUGCAAGAAGGGUUUCUUCGACGAAUUCGUUAUGCUAUGAAACCAGAUGAAGCAUACGGCCUAGUUUUCUCUUGGGAUAAUGUUGUGGCAGAUACUCAAACUUUAAAGUUAAAUGCAUGGAAGCAACUUGCCUCAGAAGAAGGAAAAAGAGUUCCUGAAGAUGGUGAUGUGCAGAAGCUAAUGCUUUAUGCAGGUGCAGAUCAAGUACUGCAGAAGCUUCUUCUUUGGGGCAUAGCAGAAAGUGAGCUGGAUAGAUUGAAAUUGAGGUUUUCACAGUUGUAUUACAGAGGUCUUCUUUCUCUUAAAACACCGAUUGACGGCCUCAAAGAGUGGCUGGAUGCCGUGUCUACAGCUCGCAUUCCCUGCGCCGUUGUUUCAAGUCUUGAUCGGAAACACAUGCUUGAAGCAUUAGAACGGAUGAAUUUGAAGAAAUAUUUUCAGGCAAUUGUAACGGAGGAAGACGGUAUGGAGUCAAUGGCUCAUAGAUUUCUAUCUGCUGCUGUCAAGCUGGAUCGAAAGCCUUCCAAGUGUGUGGUGUUUGAGGACGAUCCUCGGGGUAUAACCGCUGCUCACAAUUGUACAAUGAUGGCUAUAGCAUUGAUCGGUGCCUACCCCGCAUACAAUCUAGUACAGGCCGAUCUCGCAGUUGCUAGCUUCAACGAGCUCUCGGUGAUCAACCUGCGGAGGUUAUUCGCAAACAAGGGCUCGACGUUUAUGGAUUUGCAAAAACAGAGUGCCGAGAAAGCGCCAUCAAAGAGAAAGCUUACCAUCGAUACGAUAUUCUGAUUCAUUUUGGUACAUUCCUUAGUUUUCUGUGUAUUUAAGUAGAUGAACAUGAUGUGAUGUCAAUUCUUUUGUUGACCUCUCUCUCUCUCUCACCUGAAAACUUCCAAAUGAAAUUUGAAGAGUUAAGAGAUGAAAAUGGCUCCUGAGAUUUAAUUUAACCACACAUCUUUCUUGGCUAUUAUGCAAGCUUCUA